AUGAUGUUGUGGAGCGCCCUGGCGACUGGAUUGGCCAUCUCGGUUGUCCUCGCCGCGGAUGAUAGUCCGCCUGGUGUCAUUGUGGAACUAUGUAAGCAGCGAGGCCAAGUUCCUCAAAAGGCGGGCGACAGCUGGACCUGUGUGCAAAACAGCAGCAUAUGCGGUGAGGGCGAGGACCAGGCUACGUUGCACAAGGACGCCAAGACGGGCGAAUAUGUGUGCUGCUCCCCGGGGUACAAGCUCAAGGAUGGCCGUUGCGUGGAUCCUAGGCCGCCCCCCGCGCCUGCGCCGGGAACAUGCGCGGCACGCAUCGAGGACGUGGGACUGACCAGCCUGCUCAGCCGUGUCCUUGCGCCUUGCUUCCCCUGUGGCACCACCGCUCUUGAUACCUUUCUCACCGAGUACGCCGGUGUCCUCAAGGCUGCGAUGAACCUGGUCGAAGAUGCCUACAGCCAGCCGGGCUGUGUCACGCCAAAGCCAAGCCCCGGUAACUGGUGGAAAUGCCCUCGAGAUGAUGAUUCCCCAUGUAAAUGGCUUGCAUUGGAGAACAACAAGGCUCCCAAGACCCUGGCGGCCACCGGCACCGACCACAGGGUCUUGCCUAACCCGAAUGUGCCGGUCGCAAACUACAAAUAUCCCUUCGACACAUGGGUUACGACGUGGCCCGAUGACGACUUGGACAUUUACAUCAAAGGCGAAAAAGUCAAGCCCCAGGCGUCGGGGACGAGCUACCUCAUCCCAGCAGGAACGUCUGGCGACGAUGUCUACUACAAGUCGUCGCGCGGCGCGCAGAUUCAGUUCUAUGGCGCCUGCUCUCCGAGCACGCCGUGCAUAGGCGAGGAGGUGGUGCCGUGGACGCAGGGCAAGGCCGUGACGGUAGGCGACCGCGAUGCCGUCAUCGACGUCAGCAAGUACACGUCCGACGGUGACCUCGUCUUCACCAUAGCCGACACGUCCGUGACGACGGAGCAAUACACCAUCUUGGCAGAUGGCAAAGAGGUGGACAAGACCCACGGGCGGCUGACCCUGGGAGCCGACAAGUACAACACCAAGAACAUUGUCAACAUCGACGUGGGCGCCGGGCCUUGGGGGGCGCUCAGGAGCAUCGCCAAUGACGGCUUUUGGGGCUCGUUCCGCAUUCCUAAAGGGACACAGCAAGUCACGGUCCAUAUGAACUUUGAAGCACCGGGGUGGCCACACUAUUUGUUUGAGUAUCGUAUUGACAAGCUCUGCAAGUGUUGA